UCAAGGACUAGAUAUUUUAUUUGUUUUUUAAUUAUUUUUUUCCCCCCGACGACAGUCUUCUCCGAUCUGAAACACGCCUCUCAACGUCCCGCUCAUUCCACUGGUUUAUAUCCGGGUUGAGGGAGCUUGUUAAAUAGCAAUUCUGCGGAGUCUUAUAUAUACCGUGUCCUCUGAUAUGCAGGGGUGAAAAAGCUUAAUAAAUAGAAAAGGAUUUUUUUGUAAUCCACAGAUGUCUGAUUGUGUCUGAAGAUGGCUGGUGAAAACGAGGUGUCGUCCCGGACUGGGUGGAGGUCGAUAGGGGUCGAGCCGGUCCUCUUCCUCUACAUGUCCGCCUUCAUGACAACGUCUGUCGUCGAGGAAGCUUUCUUCGUCAACAAAGUGUGCACGGUUAACUUGGGCUACGAGCAGAAAGUCUGCGACAACCUCAACGACAACAAGUACCUACAAGAGCGUACGGAGGUCCAAAUAAGGGUCUCGACCUUCCAUCAGUACGAGAACAUAGCGACCCAUGGUAUACCGAUCAUUCUGGCCUUCUUCCUCGGCUCGUGGAGCGAUAAGGUCGGACGGAAGCUACCGAUGCUCAUCGGGCUUUUCGGCAACUUGAUAUACUCGACAAUGAUAAUCCUCAACGACCUCAUGGACGACUGGCCGGUUGAUGUGGUCCUGUUCACCGCAUGCCUCCCAUGCGCCCUGACGGGAGGCAACUUGACUGUGUUCAUGUCCGCGUUCAGCUACCUCUCUGACACGACGACCCAGAGGGAGCGGACACUCCGUACUACGCUCCUCGAGGUCGCCUACCUCACCCCUAUGCCUCUCGGCGUCAUGUUCGGCUCCUAUCUCUACUACAACGUCCUCGGCCGGUCUUACGCCGCGAUGUUCACCGUCAACGCCGCCUUCCUCGUUGCCGCCAUCGUCGUUGCGUGGGCCGUGAUGGACUGGAAAACGACCGAAGGUCCCUGCGACGUGAGCGGCCCUUGCUUCGGCCUCGUCGACUUCGGCCACGUCGCCGCCUCUUUCAAAACACUUUUCAAGCCGAGGAGGAACAACCGACGCCUCUUCCUCUUCCUCGUCCUCAUCGCGAUGGCCCUCUACACAUUCCAAAGAGACGAGAAGCACAUGGUCUUUCUUUACACGCAGCAUGUGUUCAACUGGGACCUGGCCCAGUACAGCAAAUUCAGGACGUUCCAAUCGUCGGUCUUCAUAUUCGGCCUCCUCCUCCUCGGCCCGUUGCUCACGAAGCUUUUAAAAUUGAAAGACAUGGUGAUGGUGAUGCUGGGGGCCGUGUCCCAUUUCGUGACGAGGGUCAUUUUCGCCACGGUCAUGGAGCCGUGGCAGUUCUACAUCGGCGCUCUCACCGCCUGCCUAGGGCCGACUGUCGCCCCCGUCUUCAGGUCGUUCGUCUCCAAACUGGUGCCGCCCAAUGAGCGAGGAAAGGUUUUCGCCAUGCUCACAGUCGCCGACAUGACGGUGCCUCUCGUCUCGGGCAUCGUCUACACGCAGGUAUACAAUUUGACCCUCUCAACACACCCCCAGGCGAUUUUUUACGUCACCGCUCUCACCCAGGCCGGAGUAUUUUUCAUAGCGAUUUUUGUAAACAUCUUGUUAGAAGGGAGGAACCUUAAUCAGGAGGUUGAAUCCAGCGAUGACGAAACUACUGCGGACAUCAACGUCCACGCAUAACCCCCCCUCCUGUUGUUAAUAGUUAAUUUAUAUGUAUAAUAAAAAAAGAGUAAAUUUAAA